AUAAAACUAGUUGCGAUACCAAAUGAUCCUCAGUCUUCCAUCCAACGCUGCACGGCGCGCUAAAAAAAAUGCGGCUCACUUUCAUAACACUAACUUUCGGUUUGUCCGUUCUAACGGUCUCAGCCGGAAAAUUCCGGGUAAUCAGAGAAUGGAAACACUUGAAUUUCACAUGGCCAACCCGCGAUACCUACCAGAAUGCUCUAAGCGUAGGCGACUACGUCCCUGAGAACAACAUCCUGACCGGAAUAAAGCACUUCGAGGGGCACUUUUACGUCACCCUGCCGCGAAUGAAGAAAGGGGUUCCUGCUACCCUUGCUCGCAUCCCUUCUGGACCUACAACGGAUACGGCCCCCCUCCUCGAACCGUUUCCCUCCUGGGAGAUGAACAGGAUUGGAGAUUGCAGUGCCUUGCAGAAUGUGCAGAAUGUGGAGGUGGAUCCCAAAGGGCAGAUCUGGAUCAUAGAUAUUGGCAGGACGGAGACUCUUGUUGAGGGGGUGGUGAGGUGUCCUCCUAAGCUGGUGAUAUUUGAUAUUAAGAAGAAUAUGACGACUACGGCUUAUACGUUCCCGAAUAAUGUGGCUAGUUUGAAUUCCAGUUUUUUGUAUGACAUUGUGGUAGAUGAUACUGAUGCUGGAUAUGCGUAUAUAACGGAUAAUAGUGUAGCUGAUCCAGGCAUCAUCGUGUUCUCGGUGAAGGACCACCACUCGUGGAAGAUCCGGCACGCGCCAAGCAUGCGCGCCGACCCGACGGCGGCCACCUUCAAGGUCAACGACGUCACCGUCGACGCUCCCAUCAACGUGGCGGGGAUCGCGUUGGGGCCGCGCAUCCACGCCAGCGGGGACAGGAUUGUCGUCGACGAGGAUAGAGAGGUGUUCUACAGUCCUCUUUCGAGCUUGCACCUCUUUUCAAUAAAUACUAGCGUUCUCAGAGACGAAAUGAACGGAAAGAUGGAUGGCGAAUAUCAAGGAAACGUGAGAGAUUGUGGCAUCAAGGCUUCUCAGACAGCAGGUAUGGUCAUGGACAACAAAGGAACCUUGUACUACACCCUCCUAGGCACCAACAGCAUAGCAAAAUGGGACACCCAUUUACCAUUCCAGUCCGGCCAGAGGUUGAUCGCUCGGGACCAAAGAUUCCUGGAAUGGCCGAACUCCUUUACUUUCGACCAAAGCGGAAACAUCACCGUGCUGGUCAACAGGCUAGACAGGUUCCUGUACAACCGACUGAACAUUUCCGAGGCCAAUUUCAGACUCAUAAGCUCUUAUACGGGCGGCCGAAGCUACCUCUAUGACCAAGGAUACGAUUAUAAUGUGGAUCCCAAUAUAACCACGAGCACACCUACAGAUGAAUCAGCAGAUCCUGAUGUACUGCCAGCGUCAGACAAUGAUCCCUAUCUGAUUCCCCAACCUAUACCAGAACACAAGGAGCAGCCUGAAACGACCAAAGAACCGAACCCAGAACCAGAAGCCACCGCAGAACCAGAACCCACGACAGAACCAGGGCCUACUGCAGAACCUGAACCAUCUGCGGAACCUAAAUCAUCUGCAGAGCCAGAACCAUCUGCGGAACCUAAACCAUCUGCAGAACCAGAACCAUCUGCCGAACCAGAACCAUCUGCAAAACCAGAACCAUCUGCAGAACCUGAACCAUCUGCAAGACCUGAACCAAUUGCGGAACCUAAACCAUCCGCAGAACCUGAACCAUCUGCAGAACCUGAACCGUCUGCAGAACCUGAACCGUCUGCAGAACCUGAACCGUCUGCGGAACCUGAACCAUCUGCAGAACCGAACAGCAGCAACAUGGAUAAAAAUCAUAUGAGCCAUGACCAAAUGACUCAGGAGCAUAUGAAUCACACUACUGAUAUCGGCGAAGCUUCCAAAGUACAACAGUCAAGUGCCUCCAGAUUGUUUUCAAGUUUCAUUGGAGUUAUCUUUGCUUGUCUGUUUUUUAGUGUUUGACCAUCUACUUUUUGAUACAUACCUGAGUGGUAAGUUUAGUAAAGGAAAUAGUCAUGUGAAAUUUCAAAUGUAGUUAUUUACUGAUGCAUUGUUAACAAAGCUGAAAACAACUGGACAUUUCCAAACAAUCAAUACAGUCAUAUUUAUGGCUGAUGUCAGAUAGGUUACCUGCAUAGUUAGUAGUAGAAUGUUGUACAGAACUGUACAUUUAGGUAGGUACCUACCUAUCUAUAUUUUAUAAAUAUUAUGGUAUGUGUGAUUGUUGAAAAAUAAUGGGGAUGGUCUGCAGCUAUAUUUCAUGAGCUACCUAUUGUAAAAUAUGUUGUGAUAGAGUUAUUGAACCAUGUAUAAAAUCAAAGACUAUUGUGAUAUGAAUUGAAAGUAGUAAAUAUAUCUACCUAUAUAUUUUACGUGAAUAUCCACAUUUCCUACAGAUAAUGAAAUAAUAGUAAUAUAUUAUGACAAAUAUA